AAGUCCAAUGUAUGUAACUGUACUAUGUUGUAUCAUGUUCCACAUGGGAUUGGAUCCGCACGCCACCACCAUGACCAACAAAGUCAAUCCUCUCUCUAACGCUGUUCCUUUCCUCUUUCAAAGACAAAAACAUAAACCAAAACUAGUAGUAACACAACACAAUCCAAUUCAAUCAAUGUUUCAAUUUUUCCUAUCCACACCCCUUCUUUUUGUGGUACCCCACUUCUUCUUCCUCCUCCAAUAAUCUUUCAUCUUUCACUUCAUUUCAAUAACCAUAAUGAAGCUUUUGAACAACCCUUUUCCCUUUUCUUCUCAAUCUCAUAUUCAUUCACCCAUCAUGGAACAAUCUUCUCCUGUUACUAACCCUAAUCAAAUUCAUCUUGCGGUUGGUAAAUCCCUUCACAAAACCACUACCUUACUUCAAUGGACUUUCAAUCAAUUUAGGAACCAAGAAAUUGUCUUGAUUCAUCUUUAUAAACCUUCUCCUGUUAUACCCACUUUAUUGGGGAAAAUGCCAGCUUCCCAAGCUAAUCCUGAAGUGGUAUCUGCUUUUAGAAGAGAGGAAAGAGAACAGACUGUGAGGUUUACUGAUAAGUAUUUGAGUAUUUGCUAUGCAGCUAAGGUGAAGGCAAGCGUUAUUGUAGCGGAAACUGACCAAAUCCAAAAAGGAAUUGUUGAUUUGGUUGUUAGUCAUAAUAUUAGGAAGCUUGUCAUUGGAGCGGAAACGGAAAAUUUCAUGAAAGUGAAAAGGAGUUCCGGGAAAGCAAAUUACACUUUCAAACAUGCUCCCCCGUUCUGUGAAAUAUGGUUUAUAUAUAAAGGCAGACACAUUUGGACAAGAGAGGCUUCUGAAACACUGUGUUCUUUGUCUUCACCUGCUCAAGCAGAGAUUGCAACCACAGAAAGCUUGAGAUGUAGAUCUUUUCGAUAUGGUAAGAACGAAUUACCCCAUUUGGAAGAUCUUCAACCAAAUUCUGCUAGAACUGCAGUAUGUUCUGAAAUUAGAAGCUUGGAUCUCGGUGAAAUCAUAGAAACCGAAGCCACUAAUUCAUCCAAAUCAUCCAGUUGCAGCAGUGAUUGUUCUCCACAAAAUUCGACUGCGGUUUAUCUAGAUGCAUAUUCAGAGGUCAUGGAAGAAAGAAUUAACAGUCAACUUAUUGAAACCCAAAGAGAAGCUGAGGCAGCAACAGAUGAAUCAUUUGCAGAACUAAUAAAGUGCAGGAGGUCGGAAGCUGAAGCCGCGGAAGCCAUGCAGAAAGUCAAAUUGUUUGAAUCUGCCCAUGCGCAUGAGGUGGAGCUCAGGAAAGAGGCUGAGGUUGCACUUAGAGAUACCGUACUAGAACAACAAAAGCUCUUAGAAGAGAGUGAACGUAUCUCGGGAGAGCUACAAAUGACCAUGAGAAAUGUGGCCCUACUAGAUAGCCGUGCUAAGGAAACAAUCCGUAGGCGAGAUGAAGCUGCACACGAGCUCUUGCUAAUUCAAACAUCCAUAUCAACCUUGUGGCAAGAAAGGCAGCAGAUCAGGAGACAGAAAAUGGAAGCCCUCCGCUGGCUUGAACGGUGGAAAAGUCGUGGACAAAUCGGAGCAGCUCAUUACAAUGGAGUCAUUGGGUUCGCUGAAGAACUGCCUGAGUUAGCAGAAUUCUCUUUAUCGGAUAUUGAAAAUGCUACAUGUAAUUUUUCCGAGAGCUUUAAAAUCGCACAAGGUGGAUUUGGUUGUAUAUAUAAGGGGGAGAUGUUAGGUAGAACUGUUGCUAUAAAGAAGUUCCAUCAACAAAAUGUGCAAGGACCAGCAGAGUUUCAUCGAGAGGUUCAAAUUCUUAGUAGUCUCCAACAUCCUCAUUUAUUGACAUUGCUUGGUGUUUGCCCUGAGGCCUGGUCAAUUGUAUAUGAGUACCUCCCGAAUGGAACUCUUCAAAACUACCUAUUCCGAAAAAGUAACAUUAUCCCUUUGACAUGGAAUAUCAGAACACGAAUGAUUGCCGAAAUUUCCAGUGCACUUUGUUUCUUACAUUCUUUUAAACCAGAAGCUAUUAUUCAUGGUGAUCUUAAGCCUGAGACUAUACUUCUCGAUUCUUCACUUAGUUGCAAGAUAUGCGAAUUUAGGUUCAGUAGGCUUGGGACGGAGGAGUCUCUCUAUAGUCCUAGUAGUAGUUUCCGCUUGAGCACUGAGCCAAAGGGUGCUUUCACAUAUACGGAUCCCGAGUUUCAGCGAACCGGAGUACUAACAACCAAGUCUGACAUCUACUCUUUUGGGCUUAUUAUUUUGCAACUCCUCACUGGUAGGACUCCAGUUGGAUUAGCAGUUCUAGUUCGCCAUGCAGUUUCAUUUGGAAAAUUGUCAUCAAUUCUUGAUUCUUCAGCUGGAGAAUGGCCUUUAUCUGUAGCAUCACGGUUGGUUGAACUCGGUUUGCAAUGUUGUGCGCAAAAUCGUAGAAGCAGACCAGAGUUAACACCUACUCUCGUGAGAGAAUUGGAACAGCUACAUGUUUCAGAAGAGAGACCCGUGCCAUCUUUUUUCUUAUGUCCAAUCCUUCAGGAAAUAAUGCACGAUCCUCAAAUCGCAGCAGAUGGAUUUACAUAUGAAGGAGAUGCCAUACGUGAAUGGUUGGAAAAUGGGCAUGAUACGUCUCCGAUGACUAAUUUAAAAUUGAAUCACUUGCUUCUCACUCCCAAUCACUCAAUUAGACUUGCCAUCCAAGAUUGGCUUUGCAAAUCAUAAAGGUACAUUAAUUCAUUUAGGCUAAAGAACUAUUUUUAUCCCCCUUAAGUUUAGGGUCCCCCGUUGUAAAUCUAUCCUGUAUCCAACAGAACUUUGUUAAAUUGAUUUGAUCCCAACCCUUUAGUUAGUCAACUUUAGCUGUCGCUUUGUCACAAAUUACCUGUGUUACACAUUUCAUGUACAUAAAAAAAUUGCAUUUUGGCCACAAUUUCCAGCCGAGAGAGCAAAGAGAAAACGAAGAAUGCCAAAGAUGUCAUAGUUCAUAGUCCUGUCAUCAUUUUUGUAAAAGUAGUCAUUUAUAUGGGUUGUUGACAAAAAAAUAGCCCUUUUUGUAUGUUAACCAAUAUAUGUAUAUGCUAUUGUUUUUCACUGUUCUUCUGUAAUACUUUCUAGCUUAUUCAUUUUCAAGUGUUCAAUGAUA